CUGAUUUGGCACAACUCCUUUUUGAUCUUAUGAAUUCCAAAAUGAAACAGAAGCUGACCGCGGAAAAGUCCUCAGGAUCUUUGCAGAAGUACCUCACAGAUACCACAUGCAGUGCUGCUCCAAGACAGACUCUGAAAAUGAUUCAGCCUUCAGCAGCAGGUAGCCUGGUUGGCAGACAUAAUGAGAAGAAAUCUUCAGUCAGAAGGAAACUCUGGAAUAACAAGUUUGCCUCAAAGGCUUGUAAAGCUGAGGUGUCUGUGGACAAGGAGCAAGAGAAUGAGAAUGUUAUUCAGGCUGAAGAUCUCAUGAUGAAAGGAAGUCCUUCAUCUCAGUAUUGGAAAGAAGUGGCUGAAGAAAGGAGGAAGGCUCUGUAUGAAGUGCUUCAGGAAAAUGAAAAGUUGCACAAAGAAAUCGAGCAGAAGGAUGGUGAAAUUGCCCGCCUAAAAGAAGAAAAUGAAGAGCUCCUGUCCCUUGCUGAGCAUGUGCAUUAUAUGACCAGCGUGAUUGAGAGACUAAGUGGACAAGCACCUGACAGUCCUGAGACACUGGAGAGUCUGGCUCUAGAGGAAUCCAGACAGGAAAAUGAAGAGCAUAACUGUGGAGAUGAGGCAGACAACCCUUCUGAAGAAAAGCCAUCACAAGUAUUGUCUGACUUAAGGGAGAAUAGAUCAGGUGUUCCUUCAGAGGAAGCAAGCCAUUUGCAACUGGAAUGACGACUUUUAAAUAGGCUUAUGUAUGUGGCUUUUAAUUGCAGACUUCCUCUUGAAAGAAUAUAUUAAACCUCAGGUAUAGAAACUCUUGUGGGAACAUUACAGAUGUUGGUACUUUUAACUGGAAUUAUGUAGCAGUGGGGGGAGUAUCUGAAUACUGCAUGGAAAACUUACUACAGGCUGCAUGUAGUUGCUUGUAUGAAGCACAAAUACUGUGUAUUUCAACUGUUGUGUAAAUAUCUUUCUUAUCAGUUGUCUGACACGAUACGUGAAAAUUGAUAAAUAAAUCUUUGCAU